UCUUCACAUUACUACAUACUUGAAGUGAAAUACAUCUUAAUGUUCCUAUACAAUUAAAAUAAGACAGAAAAGUCUAAAAGUUGUUUUUGUCUUAAAAAAAACUGCUAGAGAAAAACCUUCCCAUGAGUCUGAGAGUGGAAGUGAAGGAUAUUGUAAUGGUUCACUUCUAAAUGUGACUCUUUACCAACACAACACAACUCAAAAGUCAGGAAUAAAUUUUAUUUGGUGACAUCUUGAGGUUUUUUUUUUCAUGGAGGCUGGUAGACACACGUAAAAUAAUAAGUACUGUUCUGAGAUUUUCAUUUACAAUUUCCUUCAUAACUUCAAAAUUGUCAGAAAAUCAGCACUGGUGGUUGAACUGUUUGACAAAAUAAAGUAAUGCCACAGAUGAAAAACAACAGAGUGACUCUUUAUCCUGCAACCUUUGAUAAUUUAAGUCAGAGUAAUUUUCUAUAAUGAUUGUAAAUUGUCUUUUUUUACAUUUUGGUGGUGAACAUUUUAAAUUAUUAAAGAUAUUCAAAUUAAGCAUCAAAGGUAGAGUUUUAAUGAAAGGAACAUCUGUGGAAAACACUGUCAUUCAGCAGCAAAAACAAUACAAAGUGGGGCCUAUUCUCACAAAUGCAACCAUCGCAAAUCACUAUUUGUUAAAUGUCCCUUUGAAGUGAACUGUAUAUGGUGGGCCUCUGCCCCAUGUUGCUCUGUCAGGGGUUUGAACAAUAGGGUCAUGAAUCAUUUGGGUGUGAGGCCAGGUAUAAAAGCAGUACAUCAAUAAAACUGUACAACACUUUGAGUCAAACUGUUGUAACUGUAGCCAUGACCAUGGGCAAGAUCAUAUUCUACGAGGACAGGAACUUCCAGGGUCGUUCCUAUGAGACCAGCAGUGACUGUGCUGACAUGACCUCCUUCCUGAGCAGGUGUCACUCCUGCAGGGUGGAGAGCGGCUGCUUCAUGGUUUAUGACCGAGCCAAUUACAUGGGGAACCAGUUCUUUGUCAGGAGAGGGGAGUACUCUGACUACCAGCGGAUGGGCAUGAGUGACUGCAUCAGGUCCUGCAGAAUGAUCCCCAUGCACAGGGGUCAGUUCAGGAUGAGGAUCUAUGAGAGGGAGAACUUUGGAGGUCAGAUGCAUGAGCUAAUGGACGACUGUGACAACAUGGUGGACCGUUACCGCAUGUCUGACUGCAUGUCCUGCAACGUGAUGGACGGCCACUGGCUGAUGUACGAGCAGCCCCACUACAGAGGCAGGAUGAUGUACCUGAGGCCCGGAGAGUACAGGAGCUUCAGGGACAUGGGGAUGGGAGGUGUGAGGUUCAUGAGCAUGAGGCGCAUCAUGGACUCCUGUUACUAGACUGUCCGUGUCAGAAUGCAAACAUUCAAAUAAAAUUGAUUAAUUCUCCUU